AUGGAAGGAGAAGCCCCUGUUGCUAAAGCUGUAAUAGCAUGUGAACGUUGUCGAGCCAAAAAGAGAAAAUGCUGUGGUACGAAGCCCACGUGCUCAAAUUGUCAGAGGGCCAUUUCCAGGAAUGUUGCAAGCGCAUGUGUGUAUCCAGAAGCACCUAGAAAGCGAGGACCAAAGAAGGGAUAUCGAGAAGAUAUCAAUCGUAAACUCAGCGCCUUGGAAGCCUUGAUCAAACCUCUACAAACUGGAGAACUGCAAGGGAAAGAAUUAAAUGAAGUCCUUGAAGCUUUAAAAGCUACAGCAGGACGAAACACCACUGCUUCAUAUGAAGACGACGAUGAAGACCAAGCUCCACCACAGAAACGACAACGAAGACCAGAAUCAAGCGGUGGUCCUUUACGAUCAAAUCAGCAAGUCAUGUAUGAUGAUGAAGAGGGGGAAGAUGCUGAACCACAGAUGGUGUCUGCCGCGAACGUCUUGGAGAUGAUGCUACUUGAUAGUCCAGGAUCGCCUGGUAAUAGUGGUAAUAUGAUGACACGACAAUCUUCUGCGUCUUCAUGGGUCAAUCAAUCUAACGUAUUGGAAUCCAUGUUUGCCCCACCUAGUGCACCUAUAUUUACCAACCUAUCAUCAAUUCGUAUCGACGAGCAGACCUAUGCAAGUUUAGGAUUGUCGCAGGACUUUUUCAACAUGGUCAACGCUCCCACACCAACGACAUAUCCAAGCAUACGUGAAAUCUCUGGAGGGAAUGGAGGACAGCUUUCUCCUUUAGAGCUUCACCUUGUCCAAGUAUACUUUACUUACGCCCAUGGCGUGCUUCCACUCUUUCACGAAAAGGAGUUCUUCAGUGAGCUAGCUCCAAUCAACAAGCAUCCUUCUUACCUGUUGAAUGUGAUUUAUGCUAUGGGCGCCUUGUAUUCGCGACACCCAGCACUGUACUCUGAGUAUCAAUCACCGACAAGAGCUUCUGAAAUAUUCUAUGGUCGAGCAGUAGAAGCUAUUGAUCCUGAACGUGGGGGUCCAAAAGAAGGUGCAUCACUCAUUCAGACUCAGUUGCUAUUGGGUGUAUUUGACUACGGUGCUCUACAAAGUGCUCGAGCCUUCAUGUGGACUGGAAUGGCAUUCCGUAUCGCCAUCAAGUGUAAUAUGAUGCACGCAGACGAUUGGCGUGUGGCAUCUUCAGAUCUCUAUCAUUUCUCUGCAUGGAAGAAAGAAACGGCCAGUAUUGAUGCUGAAACUCGGCGACGUAUAUUCAUUUCGUGUAUGAAAAUUGAUGCGUUUGCGAGUAUGAUUUCAGGCGGAUUGCCAUUUUCCAUAGACGAGACCGAGUGUCGUCCCUUGUUGGCAGCUUCAGACGAAAGGGAACGUCGAGAAACGCUUCAUGGCGUCCCAGGAAUAGCCGACGAUGAACCAUGGAGGAGUUUCUUGGCAGGUCGACCCAUGAACACCGUGUUUGAUGCAAAACCGCCACUGUCGUCUCUCACAGAAGAUCCAAACGGCGUUGGCCAUCUUAUCUCAUCACCAUCAUACUCAAUCCAUAUGUGGGAAUUGUCAGUGAUCAGUCGGCAAGUGGGGCGCUACGUGCGUCAAUUGAGUCAUCAUAGUCCAAUAGAUAACAGAAACCUGUCACCAUCCAUGAGUACCGUGAUGAGCUUGCUUCCACCAACGCCAGACGGCGUCACUCUGUAUAAUGCCAUGCUUCGUUGGAGGGCUACGUUACCCCCUGAAUACAGAGUAUGGGAUAGUCUAGAAUUCUUUACUGGAGACACCGAAAUACCAUUACCACAUCCUAGCUCAUCCCCAGCCUGGACUCGAAACGCAUCGCUGAUAUUCAACGAAUUCUUCUUCUUGGCUACUCUAUCCAUGCUACAUCAACCCACCAUUACAAACACUAGCCGAAUCUAUCCCGUCCAAUACGGAAAAGAUUCGGCGUAUUUAUCAUCGGCAGGAGUACUCAUAGCAUGCCAUAAGAUUCUUGUAUAUGUUAUUAGGUCCGUGCACGCAGUUGAAGGAAUCAUGAUGCCGUUCUCACCAGACGACUCGAUCACAGCCCGAGACAUUCCAAUAUCAGCACUUUAUCCGCCACCACCAUCCCAAUGCGCUGACAACCCUAUUAUGUCAUUCACCGUGUAUUCAAUCUGUGCUAUAAACCUAGCAUAUGUUUCAUCAAAUCCAAUCUAUAGAGGCAAGCAAAUGGAGUUUGUCAAUGACAUUAAGACUGUGAUUAUCCCCUACUUGGAAAACCUGUCACGAAUCUGGCCCGUCUCGGCAACAUACUCGGCUAGAUUGAAGAAACUCCUCGAAACACUCACUACAACAACUGGUAGUGGAACCGUCACAAAUUACGCUGCACCUGAUCUAUGUCCCAGCAGAGACGUAGCACAGCAACCGGAUUCGACUUAUGAUAUGUCAUCCUCUUCCGGUAGCAGUACUACUGAGACUCCAGGCUCUCACAGAUCAACUUCCCCAAUGCACUCGCCAAUGAACUCUGGUGUAGCAAAUAUGAAUAUAGGAGGUGAUGCAGUAAAUCAAGGUUACUCGAAUCUGCCCAGUCCAUAUUCCUUCUUGAACAACUCUCCAGCACCGCAAUAA